CAAUUUUGUAAGGAAAGCUGAGUUAGCUUGCCUAGCCGAUCUUAUACCAAUGCCUCCUUGGUUUCUUGGUUGCUGUAGCUUGUCCCAAGAAAUAAGGUGAAUUUUUCGUUUCUCCUCUGUACUGCCCCAAAUAAAAUCCCUCGACCGUUUGUCUAUAUCAUCACAAACUGUCCUAGAAAUUUUGGCCGUUUGCAUUGCAUAUGUCGCCAUUGUUGAAAUUGUAGACUUGGCUAAGAAAGUGAAUCCGAUAAGCCCGAGGUAGCCUCCCGCUUCCGCUAGAUUAAGGUAUCAUCUUCUUCUUUUGGAAUCCUUCAAAACCCAACAUUUACAUCUUAUUUUUGCUAAUUACUCCGUAUCAAAUAAAAUCUGCAACAAUUUUAAUUUUUGAAUUUCCUUUUGGUGACAGAAUGCUCAAAUACUUAAAUUUUUGUAUUUCAAUAUUAACAAUUGAUUGACAUGUUAAUUGAAUGUUUUUUUUUUGUCGAUGUUGCUGCUGCUGUGACUAUAAUUGCCUAACUUGUGAUUUCUGGUUCAUUUUAGACAAUUGAUUCACACUAUUUGGUUGCUUUUAAAUUCAAUUAAUUAUUGGAAUGUUUGAAUUUGUGUUUCUAGCAAUCUGUUGAGCAUGUUUGUUCUUAUUUGGAUUUUAUAGCUUAGUCGGAUACAUGGCCAGUUGGUGUUCAUUACCCGUCGAUAUCCUUGGAGAAAUAUUAUUGAAACUAGAUUCUGCCCAUGAUUUAAUCUGCUUUUCUGCAGUUUGUAGUCCAUGGUAUUCUGUGUUUUCUAUGUUUAAGACGAAGUGGGUUAGUAGAAUGCCAUUGUUGAUGCUACCCGAGAACACGAAAGAUAACCCUAAUUUCUUUAGGAAACUAUUUUGUCCAAAUAACCAAAAAUGUUACCAAUUGAAGCUACCUCAAACUUUUGGAGCUUGAUGUUGGGGUUCCUCAUGUGGUACUCUUGAUCUCAACCUAGAUUUAUAUAUGUUUAAUCCGCUAACCGGAGUACGGAUUCGCCUACCUCCACAUCCAACCAUGCCAACCAAACAUGAAGAUAAAGACGACCCUCAUUUUUUACGAUUUCGUUUGUUGGAUAAGGUGAUUGUUUAUGAAGCUGAUAAUGACUACAAUUCUAUUGUGAUAGCAACACCCUGUAAUUUAUUGGAUUAUGUAGCUUAUGCAAAGCCUGGUGACCAAGCAUGGACUACACUUGUUAGUUCUCCAAAUUUAAUAGGAUUAGUAGAAGAUGUUGUGCGUUGGGGUUCAAAAAUGUUGUUCUUGUAUGUGAGAGGAGUUGUGGGAUAUUGUGACAUUAGUGCAAUUCAAAACUCAGAGCCUACAACGAUAAUGGAAUAUCUACCUUCACCCUAUGCUUUGAUGAAUCAUGUAAAACGACAUUGUUUUUACUUGUUGGAGUCAUUUGGUGAUCUUCUAAUGGUCUUCCGAUGCAAAAAGGAAGUUCUUUAUGAAAAUCGUAGACAUAAUCAAGAUAUUUUUUAUCUAACAACACAUUUUAAGGUAUACAAACUCAACUUAAGCACCAGAAACUGGAAGGAAGUGAAUGAGUUGGGUAGUGUUGCAUUAUUUGUGGGGAAUGAUACUUCAAUGUCUGUUUGUGCACCAGAGAUUAGUAAUUGCAAAAGUAAUUCUAUCUAUUUUACCUAUGACGAAUGGGAUUUCCGGGAUGCGGCCACCCUUAAAGGAGGACAUGAUAUGGGGCUUUUCAACAUGACAAACAAGGAGUUGGAAACAGUUUAUGAUGGUGGUGAUAUAAGUUCUGAUUUAUCCACUGCUUUAUGGUUUAUGCCUAAGUUUUAGCUUAUGCUUUUUUAUUUGAAUUGUAUCAUUUGACUGAAUCAUCCAUAAGUUUACUGCAUAACAGCAUGUAGUGACUCAUAGUCUGCAACUGGUAUGCUAUACCUUCUCUGUUUUGUGUCUACGGACCUACGGGGAAAUGGUGUGGUUAGUCUUUGUGAGUUUGUGUUACCUGGUCUGGUAUGGUUUUGCUACACUGGUUGUUUCAGAUAUAUUUGCGCGUGUUUAUCUUGCUAAUUAAUAGUCACCUCAUACGUAUAUAAACACCAAUGAGAAAACAGAGCUUUCGUCGAAUAGGUCUUGUCAAUUAUCCUAGUAUAGAUGAUUUGUGCACCAGUAUGUUCAACCUUAUUAUAGUCGUACACUAAGUUAUGUACAAAGUACACUACUAGGAACAAACUUUGGUGAGCCAAAGAUUAAUGUAGAAAAUUGGAUUUCCAAUGUUAUCUAGCUAAUGCAAGGAUUAGUCACACUGAAUGGAUUAGCAAUACCGUAAAGUGACACAUACACUCCUUUAGGACGAGUAUCAGGGAGUUCUGAUAGCGGUUCAUCUGGAUUCGUCAAAAUCAUUACCACCUUUCUCAUAGUAGGUCUCAAGUUUGAAUCCAAAUGCAAGCAUGCAAGAGCCACACGUAAAAUCCUUAUAGCUUCUUCAUUGUCAAAAACCCCAUCUAGCACAGGAUCCACACACUCCACCAAAGUAUCCUUUUCAUGCAUAUCCCAUGCAUAGUCUACUAAGCAGGUUUCCCCUAUGAGGUUGUUAACCGCCCUCUUUCCAGACACCACCUCCAACGCCACCACUCCGAAGCUAUAGACAUCCGACUCAGGUGUUGCCUUGCCUGUGUAAAUCAACUCGGGGGCCAUGUACCCUAGUGUUCCGGCGAGUAUUGUGGUGACUCCUGCCGUGUUCUUAAGCAAUCUAGCAAGCCCAAAAUCACCUAGAUGGGGAUUGAAUUCGGCGUCUAACAUGAUAUUGCUAGGCUUAACAUCUCUAUGAACCACAGGGUCACCACAUUCUUCAUGAAGGUACAAUAGUGCCGAUGCCAAACCAUUUAGUAUUUUGCACCUGGUUUUCCAAUCUAGGAAGUUUUGUCCUGUAAGAUAUUCAUUAAGGCUCUUAUUGGCCAUGAAAUCGUAUAUGAGAAGAAGAUGUUCAUUCUCAUGACUCCAACCUUGGAGUUGCAAUAUAUUCUUGUGUCUUAGGCGCCCAAUGGUACAUAUUUCUGCCAAAUAUUCCCUCUCACCUGGUUAACACAUGGGAAAAUAGAUUAUUACUCCUCAUCAAAUCUACUUUUUAUUGGAUUUUUUAGGGUGUUUGGGAACUCUUUUUAGCUUGUUUGGUAAUUUAAAUGGAAAAGUGAGGAAAACGAAAAGUGUGAAAAUCAACUAGUUAUAUUUUAUCUGUUUUAUUUUCCACACUUUUCCCUUCAAACGUAAUGGAAAAACUGUGGAAAUAUGUGGAAAACAAAAUCAAAGAAGUGAAAAAUAUGUGAUAUUUUAAUUUCCACAGUUUUCUGUAAUAAUUAGCCAAACAAAUUAAAAAUUAAAAAUUUCUACAUAUUUCUUUAGAUUUCUUCAGAUUUCCAUAAUUUUACUUUUCCUCACAUUUCCAUGUUAACUUGGUUCCCAAACACAAUGUUAAACAAGCAUUAAAUCAUCAAAAAAAAAAACAA